AUGGGGGGGGGGGGGGACGGGGGAGGGGGCGGCGGGCGGAGCAACAGCUCCGGAGUCCUGGGGGGAGGGUCCUGGAGCCCAGGGGGGCCGUCGCCCGCAUCCCCCACCUCCCGCGGCGAGAGUGGGAGCGUGGCCCCCGCGAAAGCCGAGCCGAGCCUUCAGCGCGUCCGCGCAGGGGGCGGGGGCGAGGACCGGCUCCUGCUGCGCGGCCCUUCCCCUCUCACCUCCCCCUUCCCCCAAAACGGAGCGGGGCUGGCCCGGACCCGCCGACCCAGGAGGGCUGUCGCGCCGGCUCUGCAAGCCCCAGGCUCCUCGCGGCCGGGCGCAGAAGGACUAGGCGGAGGGCGGAAUCCGGCGCAGCGCCGCCGCCGUUCUGCCCCAACGCAGGCGGGCUUCUCCCGGGGAGCACGGCAUCCAGAGAUCGAGGGCCGGGGCUCAGAUGCAGCCGGCCAAGAGGGGCCCUCCCAAGAGCCGCUGCGCCCCGGGGGCGCUCCGGGGAGGCCCGCGGGAGCCGGGCUCAGGGCGCGCCAUGCACGCCUCGGGCCCUGCGCCGCUCCGGCCGCUCGCGCCGCUCCUCCCUUCUCGCCCGCUUGCAGCCGCCGCUGCCGGAGCGCCCUCCGCAUCCCCUCCUCCCGCCGCCUCCCCGCCCCCCACGCCGCUCCGGCCUCGGCUCACCGCCCCGCGCGGCCGCCUCCGCCCCCGGCCGGGCCGCGGCCCCCGCCUCGGCGCCCAGCCGGCAUCCUCAGGCCCGGCCCCGGGAGGCGCCCGGGGGCCGCGGGGGCCCCAGCUCCCCUUCCUCACCCAAAAUUCUCGCUGCGCCCCCUCCCUCCCUGGCGCCUGGAGCCGCGUCCAGCCCGCCGUCCCCUCGCUGGACCUGGGUGGCGUGCGGCCCUCCCCCGCCCCCUGCUUGGGUUCAAACGCCCCUAGUCCUAGCUCCCCUCUUUUGUAUCCCCCUUUAAUCCCCCUCCCCCCAUUCAUCCCAACUUCAGCCCCCGCGCUGCGCCCCCCUUCUCUGGCCGAGCUCGAUUGGCCGUUUUUUGAGCUGUCAGACUUGAGUCCAGCGCUCUUAUUGGGCGAUUCUCUGGCCCGGCGGCCGUGCCAAAGGAGGGCGCACAGGGCGGGGGGCGCCCAGGCAGCGACUGCCGCAGGGAGCCGGAGACCAGAGUCCCUGGAGGGGCCGGAGGGGCCCGAAAGGCAGGGCCGGAAAUGGACGGGGGAGAUGGAGAGACUGAGGAUCGCUGAGGCGCAUGAAGACAGGGACGGAAAAGAUGGAGAUGCAGUGGGUGAGGCCGAUGCAGCCAGGGCGGGGCGGACAGGAACGCUUUGGUGGGUAGUUACCAAGAAAGAGCCCCACAGACAGCACUAGGAACACCUGGCGUUUACGAAGAGCUCUUUGCCCGGUCGUACUUUUUUAAAAUCUCAUUUGAUUGCCCUCAGUAACCCUAGGAUGUGACAGAGGACAGGGCCUGUGUGAUUAUUCCCAGUUAUAGAUGCGGAAACUGAGACUCCGAGAGCUUGCUCAACUUGCCAUGGGUCACACAGGUCUCCUAACUUGCAACGGACAGAUCUUUCGUCAGUGCCAGGCUGCCUCCCCUACCUAGCAAGGUGUUAGCGGGGUGGAUGCGCACCAGAGCAAGGCGGAGCCCCCGCUGGAGUGGGGCAGAGAAUGACCGGAUACUCCUGUACGGCAACAGCAACAGAAGCAGGAGUGGAAAGAAGGACUUUACUCUCUCUGCAGAGCUUCUGACAAGGAGCCCAGAGGUCUGAGUGAGCUUUCCUUUCUCUCUCUCUGCUGGCCAUCUCUUUGCACAUUGGAAGAUAAACCUUGCCAGAGUUACAAAUUGGGAGGAGAAAAAUUCCAAGCGAUCUGAAUAAACUAACCCUUGAGUAAUCCAA